AUGCGCUCGUCUAAAGAAGGGGGCGUCCAAAAGAGGGGGGAGUCAUCACCCCCCUCUCUGCCGCCCCCGAGAGGCGCCAUCAGCAGAGACUCUCGGGCCGGGCACUGCCCUCCGAGAGACCCAUCGACAGGCUUCAGCAUACUCGAGCCGUCGGAGGCCUGGGCGUGUCGAGGGCUCUGGGGGCGCGAGUGCCUGCGACUCUUCUUUUUCAUAGCUCGGCAUGUGGGACCUCGGCAAAAGGGAACGGAAGAGGAGGAGGAGGAGGAGGAGGGGGACGAGAAAUUACAUAAACAUAACAACUCGGAGGAGGAAACGUGA